CUAUAAAUGAAUGGUGGAAAGUGGAAUGGAAUUCAACUCUGAAACUCCACUGUCUGAAAGCAGCCUUUACUACAAUAAAAACCCCACCCUGAGUGAUCAGAUGCACUGCCUGGUGUUCAUCAUGCCAGCUGACACAAUUUCAACCCAAGACAAAAUGUUUAUCAUAUAAAUGAAGAGUGUCAUAAAAGCAGCAAGCAGCAUGGUAUAUAACAGCAAAAGAUAAAGAAGUAUUAGCAGUCGAGAGGAAGACGAGCUGAGAUGCACACUUGGAACAGCAGACAGAGAAACACACACAGACCUUAAAUCUCACUCGGAGCUUCACACAAGGGCUACAGCAUCUAAUAUCAAGAAUGGAAAAGUUUAUCAUGGAAUUUUUUUGUACACCCAAACUUGAAUUUGUCACAGUUCUGGCUGAUAAACAAGUUGAACAUGGACAGGAUUUUAUUCUUACCUGUCAGGCAAACACAGCAGAUGUAACAGUCUCAUGGGAAAAGAAUGGCCAAAAAUUGCUUUGUGUUGAGGGCAAGCACAAAAUGAGAACAAUUGGUACAAAUUGUGUCUUGGAAAUUUCAAAUGCUGUGGAAGGUGAUGAAGGAAACUACACCGUAACCCUGAGCAAAGGUUUAGGUUCCACCUCAUGCUCUGCACUUGUGAGAAUUAUUUUAAAAGAAUGGAGGACAGUGGAAUGGAAACAAGAGAGAAUGUUAAACUCUCUCAAGACAUUUAAAAUUUGUAAUGAAGUCCAAGAGCUCAGAUUCCUCGUCUGUGGACCAGUUGGAGCAGGAAAGUCCAGCACCAUAAACACCAUCAGAUCCAUUUUUGAAGGCCGUCAGUUUAGCAACUGUAUGGCUGCUGCAGGAUCAACAACGAGUCAUACUCUAUGCUAUGAACGAUUUAAAAUCGCAAAUGAAGAAAGAUCAUUUCCUUUUGCCUUCAAUGAUAUAAUGGGUGCGGAAAAAGACUCUGGAGUCCUCAGUGAAGAUAUCAUCAGUGCUUUAAAAGGUCACAUGAGAGAGGGUUACCCGUUCAACCCUCAAACUCCACUGUCUGAAAGCAGCCUUUACUACAAUAAAAACCCCACCCUGAGUGAUCAGAUGCACUGCCUGGUGUUCGUCAUGCCAGCUGACAAAAUUUCAACCCAAGACGAAGAGGUUAUGCAAAAAAUGAAGAGUGUCAUGAAAGCAGCAAGCAGCAUGGGAAUUCCUCAAGUGGUUUUCAUGACAAGAGUAGACCUCGCAUGUCCAAUACCCAAGGAGAAACUGAAAAACGUCUACAAAAGCAAGAAGAUCAAAGACAAUAUGCAGAAAUGCAGUUAUGAACUGGGUGUGACUGUGAACCGUAUCUUUCCUGUCUUGAACUAUCAUGAGCAGAUCCACAUGGAUGAAGAUAUAAACUGCCUGAUGCUCGAUGCCUUAACACAGAUUAUCUACUGGGCUAAUGACUAUGUGCUCAAAAAGAGUUCACAACAAUAAUCAACCUGUAAAUAAAGAAAGUUCACAUGAUAAGUGACAAACAAUUUCAAAGCAUGUCUAAUGAGUUACUCAGAUAUUCAUAUUAAUCCAAUACUUAAUGAAAAUGAAUUUGUAAAUAGAGAAAAAAAGAUUUUCAACAUUAAUCAUCAAGCAAAUUCAAGAAAACUCAGAGUCACAACCUGCUAAAUAGAGUUCUAUCAUUUCAUUAGUUAUAUUAGAGGUGUAUCAUUAGUUAUUACUAAGGGAUCAUUAAAGGUUUCACCGACCUGUAGAUCAUGUCACAGUAGUUUUUUAACUCUUGAAGCAGACUUUACAGAGUGUCUUGCUUUUCUCUGGUCAGCACACAUUCAAACUUUUGGUUGUAUAACAGGGGGUCACGUCCUGGAGGAAUGGAUAUGAGAUCAGAUUUAAAGGCCAACGUCACUGACACUAUGCUGUGCAUUUCCUUCAAUGCAAAUGAUUAAUUAUUAUUAUUUACUGUGUAACUAUAUCCUGUUAUUAUUAUUUGUUAAUUGCUUUUAAUACUUUGAUUUUGUUAAUACAAAUGUUUAUUCAGCCCUGCUGAGUUUUUCCCAGUGCUUUCAGCUAAAUGCCAAAAGGCCACUUGAAAUUUGCCGCAACUGCCUCCACAUGUUUAGUUAUCAGGCUUGGUCUGAUCUUUGUACACUGUGAUUGAACAUCUUAGACACACUGAAGGUAAAAAAGCACUAAAAUUUAUGAAGAUAAACCAGGAGGUUUUUAUUAUUAAGGGAAAACAAAAUCCAAACCCACAUGGCCCUGUGUGGAAAUGUGUCUGUAUUUUGCUUUCCCUUAAAACAUUUAUUUAAAAACUGCAUGUUGUGUUUAGUUGUGUUAUCUUUGACUAAUAUUUAAAUUUGUUUGAUGAUCUGAAACAUUAAAGGACAAUGAUAAAACAGUAGCAUUAAAGUGCUACCCAGGACAAUGAUAAAAAAGUAGGAAAGAAAAAAUCACAACAUGAGAACAAUAUUUCUCAUGAUGAUGGAUACUGCGUUUACUGUGCAGGAAAUUCAAGACAAGCAUAAGCAUGCAGAUUUAGAAUGUACAUGCUCAUGUCUCUUAUUUCUACAUAAUUAAAAUAGCUUAAAAGUUUCAAUUGUUCAUUAUUCAUUAGCUAUAAUUAAGAAUGUUCCAGCAUGCAUGAGGAAUCAAUAAACAUGAAAUACUUGAACUAGCA